ACAUUCACCGUGGUGAUAACUAAAGGUUAGUGUGCUCAGUGUACUGUACUAUAGGACAUGUACCAUUGUUUAACGGCCGGUGACACGUACUUUGACAUGAGGAGAUACCCACAAGUUUAAUGUACUUUACAGUAUGACUGAAGGGCUCAACUUCUCAGCAAUGCAUCCACUUUGAUCACAGCAUUACAUGUGUGAGGAUUUAACUUGGUACUGCUGGUGUGUAUUUGAUUUUGAUGGUGAUUUCUGAGAUGCUAAAGGAUUCUUUCAUUGUUGGUUAUAAUAUAAAUGAGGACCAAGACGACAAUGGUGGUGACAUUGAAAAACCUGACAAGACGAGCAGAUCUCCAGAAAGUCCCAACCUCUAUAUAAUGUCGUCUGAUAAACAGCGUAUCCUUGACGACACUGAUCAUGAACUGCAGCAUGCCAGUAUCCUGUCGUCAGGAUCCAGCACUACGACAACAAGUUGCGUCAGGGUGGACAUUGGGGACAUGGACGGUGAGGAGAGUAUGAACCUAACGACUACCUCCCUCAAACUCUGUAAAAGACAGGUGCUACGGCCCUACUGGAGACUCCUCAUGUUUAUUGGUUGGCGGGGAUUUGGUCGUGAGUCUGUUAACUCUGGCCAUCGUGGCUGGUUUUAUUUGAACAUUCUCUACCCUGUGUUUAUUGUGAUACUGCUGUUGUAUACAUAUGUUUAUGAGGUGGUAGCUUGUCAGUGGAAACUCAACAUUCAUAAGGAUACACAAUUUGUGCCAACCACAACGAUGCUACCAUCCACAAUUCCAGCGUCUAAUACAACGCCACCGUUCAUAAACGAAUUGACUUUCUCGCCCGCGGAGAGUAUCAUGACCUUGAAUCUCAGUAAACUUCACCAUGCUCACGCCCAGCCUCCUGAGGCGUGUGAACACAUCAUCACCACAUACGUUAUCCCAAACGUGCUGCACUUUAUAGCCUACAUCAUGGGCAUGUAUCAUUUUCGUAUACAGGAAAAUGAGCAGUUGUAUGCUCUGAUGGAAAAAGUAUUUUUACAAGCUACACCUCUAUAUAACAGAUCAAUAUCUCAACAGAAGAUGAUCAGGAAACUAAGGCUAUUUUUGGCAGUAGGGGGUUUCUGGGUAGGGGUAACACUGGGGAUGCAGGGACUGUAUGAAUGGGCAUUUGACUUUCCUGCUCUGGCAUUUUUUCGUAAAACAGGAAAGGUAGCCCAUUGGGUGCUGUUUAUUGUGGAGUUACUCGGGAUCAUGGUUCUCAACUCUGUAUCCCUGGCUGUCAUCGCUAAUUACGUCACACAAUGCGAGAUGACGUUGUUCUACAUACGCGGACUGGCGCUCCGCCUCCAGGAGAAAUCCACGGAGAUCAAGGCAGCAAUGAAGGAUUUAUUUGUGGUCAAACAGAAUCUAAGUCUGCUAAAUGGACCGAUAGCGAGAAUGACGUCUUUGGUAGCUGUGAUAUUUGCAGAGUUGAUUAUAAUAGGCAUCAGUAUUUUAGUCCUUAACAAAAACAACUCGCCAAAGGUGUGGACCUAUCGGAGUAUCUUUCCAUUGGUGUGGGCCAGUAUGCUCAUCUGUCCUCUAUACCAGGCUGCCAAAGUGAAUUCGGUGUGUAAUGGUAUAAAGAAGAUUGCGGUAGAGAUGAGAGUUUUUGGGUACAAGGGAUCAUCUCAACUGGAGCUAGACUCGUUCCUAGGAUUCGUUAGCCAAGUACAACUAAAGGCCAAGAUAUUCAGCAUUCCAGUCAUGCCAUCCUACCUCAUCUCCAUACUUGUGUUGACAUCAUUCAUCCUCCUCAUCCUCUUCCAGACCAGCAUCAUCGGCCCCGUCAACUACUGGUUCUUACUCCAGGAAUAUGGACUGUGUCAAUUCCUCCUCAUCCUCUUCCAGACCAGCAUCAUAGGCCCCGUCAACUACUGGUUCUUACUCCAGGAAUAUGGACUGUCUCAAUUCCUCCUCAUCCUCUUCCAGACCAGCACCAUCGGCCCCGUCAACUACUGGUUCUAACUCCAGAAACAUGGA